AUGGGCUUCGGAAAAAUAUGGGUCAAUUACCCCAUCUCUCUCUCUCUCUCUCUCUCUCUCUCUCUCUCUCUCACGCACGCAUCUUUUAGGGAUUUCAUUAUCGGUGCAGAAAGAAACGAUCUUUAUUCAGAGUUCGGCGGCGGAGAAUGGGCGACGAAAGUGGUGGAUGCGGUGGGGGAACCGAUCCCGACAUCAUCUGUGUUGAUGUCAGCCGCGAAGCACAUUGAAAUCAAAUGUAUGUCCGAAAACGUGGAGUUCAUCAAGUGUAAGAAGAAAGAUCCGAACCCUGAGAAAUGUCUCGACAAGGGCCGCCAAGCUACUCGAUGUGCACUUGGAGUGCUAAAAGAUCUGUAUCAGAGAUGCAAAGACCCCAUGGAAGCUUAUGUGGGAUGCAUGUAUUACCAUACAAAUGAGUUUGAUUUGUGUCGCAAAGAGCAGCAAGCCUUUGAGAAAGCUUGCCCUUUGGAUUGAC